AUGGAUCAACCAGGACCUUCUUCCUCCAACCAAGACCCGAGAUUCGAAUUCAUUGGCUCUUACGCUGUUAAAUCGCUGAAACUAAAGCCUGAGAAAUGGAUGAGAGUGCUAAGUAUAGAAGAACACCGCUCCACGUUAAAAGAUUUCGUUGAUAAACCAUUUCCGAUUCUCCUAGUGGUCACAUUGACUCACGCAGCACAGCUCAUACCCGUAAUAUCAUUUCCUUGCUAUUUAAAAAAUAAAGCUGUUUAUUUCGUCAAAAAGAAACCAGAUGUCAUUCCUAAAGAAAACUGCUGUGAAAUGGUCGUAUUCGGUGACUUAGCACCAAGGCUUAUCGAUGAAUUGGCUGCACUAGUAGACGAAGUCUUCGUACCGCUCCUCUCUAAUCCACUGAAUCAUGAGGGAUGGCCUUUGGUCGUAUCUCAAGAUAUCUUAAAACAAAUACAUAAUCUCAAAAGUACUGUAUAUGAGGUAAAAGGUAAAGUAAACGGGCAGACGGUCCUCCCAAUGCCUGUAGGAGUCGAAUUGGUUCAUGAAGCUGAAAAGGAAUUAUUAAAGGGAAAAGAAGUAGAUCUUUAUUUGAAGAGUGCGAUCGAAGGCGUGGUCAUCAAGUGGGCUCAGCAGAUCAAUGACGUCAUGAUGGAAGAUUCUGGAGCAGCUUUUGAUAAUGGACAAAAUCCUUUGCCUACAGUGGAGCUUGCAUUCUGGAAGUCACGUUUGAGCAAUUUGAAUUACAUUUACGAUCAAUUGCGGACAGAGCGGGUGAGGUGCAUGGCCGUCAUACUAGAAAAGACCACGUCGGCAUACUAUCCUUGCUUUAGUCGACUUUUCAAGAAUAUCGUAUCAGCACUAGCUGAAGCACGCGAAAUUGAUCUUUAUCUAAGACCAUUAGAGAAGCAUUUUCAAGCCUUGGAGGAUACAGAUUUCACAGAGAGUCAGCCUCUCUUCCGACCCUUGUUUCAUGUAAUUUGUAUGGUGUGGAGAGAUUCUAAGUACUACUGCAGUUCUUCUAAACUUAUGGUUCUUUUGAAGCAAAUAUGCAAUUUGCUUAUAUAUCAGGCCAAGAAAUGUUUGGAUCCUACUACAUUAUUCCACAGUGAUAUAGACGAAGCGACUCAGCGUAUCCAAGUCACAAUAGAUAUUAUAAAGAAAUUUAGGAGCACCUUCGAAUAUUUUAAAGAUAAUUUGCCUAAAUACUUCGUCGAUAGAAGGGUGGUUCCAUGGACUUUCCAUCCAAAUUUCGUUUUUGAAAGAAUGAAUAAAUUUAUGCAAAGACUAAAUACGAUACAGUGGUUUUUCAAAACCGUAUUAGAGUUUCAAAAGUUAGAGAAGAUUGAAAUAGGGGGUAUGAAAGGCCGUAUCCUCGGUGGACAAAUACGAGAAAUUUCAGCGGAAUUUGAAGGUUAUUUCCAUGCAUUUGCUUCCAAAUCAUAUGAUGUUCUAGACCCCGAUGACGAAACUUUUAAUGAAGAUUUUAAGGAAUUUCAAGAAAACAUUAUCGACUUGGAUUUAAAACUGUCGACUGUUUUGGUGGAGUCAUUCGAUAAUUGCUCCACCUUAGAAUCGAUAUUCAAGUUGAUUGAAAUUGUUGGGUCUGUUUUGGAUCGACCUCUUAUUAGAAAUGAAUUUACAGCAAAAUACGUUGAAAUCAUAGUUAUGCUUGAGAGGGAAAUAGUUACUUGCGAAGAACUAUUCAACGAGCAAACGCAUCGUCUCGAGAAGUAUGGAGUGAUGGAGAUAGACACCUUCUUCCCGCCCAUUGCCGGAGGACUUCUCUUCAUGAACACGCUAGCUACAAGGAUCUCGAAGCCUAUAGCUAGCUUUCGCAAUUUGCCGCACCCGAUAAAGGGUACGGAUGAGGCGAAGAAAAUUUUCAUUAGACACGAAGAGCUUAUGGAGAAAAUAAAUGAAUUCAAAAAGAAAUAUUUUAACAAUUGGGCCAUCAAUAUACCUAAAAUUAUCGAAGAGAAGACAAAUAACAUGAUACUAGCAAGACAUGGGUCUGAUUUGGUUUUAAAUUUUAAUCCGGCGCUUUUAGACAUCCUAAAAGAAGUUGAUCAUCUACGCAAUAAUCCAGAUGUAGCAAAUACUUUACCAAAAGAAAGUCUGGACAUAUUCGACAUACGAGAGACAUACAGACAGUACCGAAUAAACCUUGGCAUUACUAUCGACUGGUAUAAUCAAAUAAGAAAGAACAGCCAAAAAGUAGAGUUCGAUUUAGUAGUAGAUGAGAUAAAAGCAAUUGAUCAGAGAAUCGAAAUGGCGCAGAAUCAGUUGAAUUGGAACUCUAAAGACUUGUGGAACUAUUUGCAAGAUCUUCAUACGUUAGUCGGCAGUUUGUAUCAAAGAAUGUCGAAGAUUCAAGAUAAUCUUAAGGAAAUGAAAUUGGUUAUGAAAGAAUGGUCCGUGCAACCGUUAUUUGAAAGAAAAGAGGGUAAAAAGGAUACGUUACUAAAUUUAGAAGACCGCGCUGAAAAAAGGAGCAAACGUUAUUCUGAUAUCCAAAAUACAGCGCAGCGUAUUAAUGAGCUUCUCCAAGAGAAUAUGGAGCUUUUUAAUAUGCAAAAUAACCAGGAUAGUGCUAUUUGGUUGAAUUAUGUGGCCUUCGUCGAUAAUUUGAUGGAAGAAGCACUUUUUAAGUCCAUAGCAUGCAGCUUGGGUUAUAUAACUGAACACAUGAAUCCUAAGAACAAAUUAGCACCGUUGUUAGAAGCUCAAUUAGAACUGUUAGAUCCUGAUAUGGUUUUUGCACCAAGCCUCGAUCCAAAUGACGAGAAAGGAUUUAUGGCUUUGAUCAAAAGCUUGAUUGACGAUAUAUUAAAAAUGUCCACUCUUAUUGAAAGAAUAGAUCCAAUGAAAAAUGAGACCUAUGAAGAGCAAAUCGUGAGAAAUGAUGACAUUGCUGAGAUGAAAGAAGAAAUCCUUAGUGGUAUUGAGAAGGUGAUAGAAGAUGCCAAUGACUUCUGCAAAACUUUCGAAAACUACUCAUACCUCUGGUUAGAAGAACGUGACGCGAUCAUGGAGAUAUUCUUGACAUACGGUAGAAUUUUGUCCGUUGAUGAAGUUGACAGAAUUGGUACUGAAGAAAAAGAUACUGUGGGACCAACGCCUUGCCCUCCCAAAAUGGAGGCUUUUAGAGAACAGAUUGACCAUUAUGAAAACUUAUUCAUGGACAUUGAAGACAUGGAAGCCUAUAAAGUCUUUAAUAGCUGGUUCCAGGUGGAUAUAAGACCAUUUCGUCAAGCUUUGUUGAACACAGUGAGAAAAUGGGGAAAUAUGUACAAAGAACAUUUAGUAAAUAAUGUAACAUCUAGCUUAAGUGACUUGGGCAACUUCAUUCGGGAGGCAGAUGAAGGUCUCCUCCAGCCGGUACCGGAAGGUGAUUACGAUGCACUGGUAACUGUGAUGGGAUAUUUAAUGAAUGUAAAAGAGCGAGCUAUCACCACCGACGACAUGUUCCAACCGUUAACAGAGACCAUUGAACUCCUCAAGUUUUAUGAUAUGGACAUACCUGAAGAAGUCAAUGUUUUAUUGCAGGAAUUACCAGAACAAUGGCAAACAACAAAGAAGCUUGCCUUGACUGUUAAACAGCAAGUUGCUCCACUUCAAGCGGCUGAAGUCUCGGGUAUCAGGAAGAAAAUAGCAACUUUUGACGCCCAUGUUACCUAUUACAGAGAAGUUUUUAAACGCUACGAGUUUUUUAAAUACGAAUGUGAUGAUCCAUACGAUGUUAUGUCUAGAGUUGAUUUCGAAAUGCUUUACUUAGAAGAUGAAAUGAAAAGCAUUCAAGAGUCAGGUUCUUUAUUUGAAGUCAAUGUUCCAGAGUUUAAGUUACUGAAACAAUGUAGAAAAGAGUUACGAAUGCUAAAGCAACUGUGGGAUUACGUAUACAUUGUAAGAACAAGCAUAGAAGAUUGGAAAACAACGCCGUGGAGGAAAAUAGAUGUUGAAAACAUGGACAUUGAGUGUAAGAAGUUCGCUAAAGAAAUACGAUUGCUUGAUAAGGAAAUGAGAAGCUGGGAUACCUACAUAAAUCUAGAAGCUACUGUGAAGAAUAUGUUGACAUCUUUAAGAGCGGUUGGUGAACUCCAAAACCCAGCGAUCAGAGAAAGGCACUGGGAUCAAUUAAUGAGGACAACUAAGAGCUUAGCAGCAUUACCACGUGAGCUCACUGUACGCAUAGUCAUGGACGCAAAUACGACUCUAGCUGACUUGCUAGCACUUAACUUACACGAGUGUGAAGAAGAAGUAAAAAAUAUAGUCGACAAGGCAGUAAAAGAGAUGUCGAUGGAGAAAGUUCUCAAAGACUUGAAUACUACGUGGAGUGCGAUGGAAUUUGAACAAGAAGUGCACACUAGAACCGGCUGUGUACUACUUAGGGCGAGUGAGGAACUUAUUGAGACUUUAGAAGAGAAUCAGGUACAAUUGCAAAACUUAAUAACGUCCAAGUUUAUUGCACAUUUCUUGGAAGAAGUUUCCUCUUGGCAGCAAAAACUGUCAAUAGCAGACCAAGUAAUAACAUUUUGGUUUGAAGUACAAAGAACAUGGACACAUUUAGAAAGCAUAUUCAUGAGUUCAGAAGAUAUAAGAAAACAACUGCCUGACGAUUCUGCAAGAUUUGAUAGAAUUGAUGCGGAAUUCAAAAUUUUAUCUAAAGAUAUGUCCAAAACACCAAAUGUAGUAAAAGGAACCAACAAAGAUGGCUUAGUUGAAAAACUCGAUAGUCUUCAAAAGGAUCUCAUUAUUUGCGAGAAAGCUUUAGCAGAGUAUUUGGAAACGAAGAGAUUGGCCUUCCCAAGAUUCUAUUUUGUGUCAUCUGCUGAUUUGUUAGAUAUUUUGUCUAACGGGAAUCAAGCAGAUUUAGUCAUUAGACAUCUGACGAAACUCUUUGAUUCAAUUGCUAAAUUGAAAUUCAUAGAGACUGACAAACCAAAUGAGAAAACCGCAUCGGGUAUGAUUGCGAAGGAUGGAGAACUUGUUCCGUUCCAUGGAACUUGUGACUGUACUGGUGCUGUGGAAAUAUGGCUGAACAGAUUACAAGAUAUAAUGAGAUCGACAAUUCGCCAUUAUUUUGGCGAGGCUAUUGUUACUUACGAAGAGAAGCCUCGAGAACAAUGGCUGUUUGACUUCAUGGCGCAAGUGUCUUUAUGCGGAUCACAGAUUUGGUGGACGACAGAAAUGAACAUGGCGUUCGGGAGGCUCGAAGAAGGAUAUGAUAACGCUUUGAAAGAUUACUAUAAAAAGCAAUUGUCGCAACUUAGCACGCUAAUUUCUUUGCUCAUAGGAGAACUUAGUAAGCAAGAUAGGCAGAAGAUCAUGACAAUUUGUACAAUUGAUGUGCAUUCAAGAGAUGUGGUGAGCAAGAUGAUUCAAGGGAAAGUGGAAGCUGGUUCAGCAUUUCAAUGGCAGUCGCAACUUAGACACAGAUGGGAUGAAACCGAAGUGCAUUGCUUUGCAAAUAUUUGCGACGCUCAGUUCAAAUACAGUUAUGAAUAUUUGGGCAAUACUCCAAGGCUGGUCAUAACACCGUUAACCGAUCGCUGUUAUAUCACUUUGACUCAGUCUCUGCAUUUGAUUAUGGGAGGUGGGCCAGCAGGACCGGCCGGUACAGGGAAAACAGAAACUACAAAAGAUUUGGGAAGAGCCUUAGGAAUCAUGGUCUAUGUAUUCAAUUGUUCAGAACAAAUGGACUACCAGUCUUGUGGUAAUAUUUACAAAGGAUUAGCACAAACUGGAGCGUGGGGAUGUUUCGAUGAGUUCAACAGAAUUUCGGUUGAAGUAUUGUCCGUUGUAGCAGUGCAAGUAAAAUCUGUACAGGAUGCUAUCAGGGAUAAGAAAGAAAAAUUCAACUUCAUGGGAGAAACCAUAGUCUUAGUGCCGACUGUGGGUAUUUUCAUCACAAUGAACCCAGGGUAUGCAGGGAGGACAGAACUGCCAGAAAAUCUUAAAGCUCUCUUUAGACCUUGCGCUAUGGUUGUACCUGACUUCGAAUUAAUUUGCGAAAUCAUGUUGGUUGCUGAGGGUUUCCAAGAUGCUAAGAUUUUAGCAAGGAAAUUCAUUACGUUGUAUACUUUGUGUAAAGAGCUAUUAUCGAAACAAGAUCAUUAUGACUGGGGUCUGAGAGCUAUAAAGUCAGUUUUAGUCGUAGCUGGAUCUUUAAAAAGAGGCGAUCCUGGUAGGCCGGAAGAAGAAGUGUUAAUGCGAACUCUUCGAGAUUUCAAUAUCCCAAAAAUAAUAACAGACGACAUGCCAGUUUUCAUGGGACUUAUUGGCGAUCUUUUCCCUGCGCUCGAGGUUCCGCGCAAAAGAGAUUUAGAAUUUGAAAGAACAGUCAAACAAGCUGCAAUGGAUUUAUUACUACAACCCGAAGAUAAUUUCAUAUUAAAAGUAGUACAACUAGAAGAAUUGUUGGAAGUACGCCAUUCAGUAUUCAUAGUAGGCAAUGCUGGUACAGGCAAAACUCAAGUGUGGAAGACGCUGUUUAAAACAUACCAGAAUCUUAGAAAGAAACCAAUUUUCAACGAUUUAAAUCCUAAAGCAGUUACUAAUGAUGAAUUGUUUGGCAUAAUAAAUCCAGCAACAAGAGAAUGGAAGGAUGGUUUAUUCUCUGUCAUUAUGAGAGACCAAGCGAAUCUAGUUGGAGAGCAUCCGAAAUGGAUUGUACUUGACGGUGAUAUUGAUCCAAUGUGGAUUGAAUCGCUGAAUACGGUCAUGGAUGAUAAUAAAAUUCUGACGUUGGCUAGUAACGAGAGAAUUGCGUUGACUCCGACUAUGAGGUUGAUGUUUGAGAUAUCUAAUCUCCGUACUGCAACUCCAGCUACAGUGUCCAGAGCUGGAAUCUUGUAUAUCAAUCCGCAGGAUUUGGGAUGGAAUCCAUACGUAACAAGCUGGGUUGAGACAAGGAAGAUACCUGCAGAGAAAUCGAAUCUCGUCAUACUCUUCGACAAAUACAUACCACCUUGCUUAGAAACUGUGAGGAACAGGUUUAAGAAAAUAACUCCUAUAGCUGACAUGGCGCAUGUGCAGAUGCUCUGUCAUCUGCUAGAUUGUUUGCUAGUUCCAGAGAAUACACCUCCAGAAUGCCCUAAGGAAUGGCACGAUAUAUUUUUCGUAUUCGCUUGCGUUUGGGCAUUUGGUUCGGCGAUGUUUCAAGAUACUACCAUUGAUUAUAGAGUUGAGUUCACAAAAUGGUGGUUGAACGAGUUCAAGACAGUGAAGUUCCCUCCGGGAGGCACGGUGUUUGAUUUCUACAUUGAUUCUGAAACAAAACAAUUCACGCCUUGGGUGGAAAAGAUUCCUAAAUUUGAAUUGGAUACUGAUAUACCUCUGCAGGCUGUUCUAGUUCCAACAGCCGAAACGAUAAGAGUGAGAUAUUUUCUCGAUUUGCUCAUGAAGAACCGUCACCCAGUCAUGUUGGUAGGAGGUGCUGGAUGUGGUAAAACUGUACUUGUAAACGAGAAACUGCAGAGCCUGGCAGAAAGCUAUGCAAUCCAGUCAGUACCGUUCAACUUCUACACAACAUCAGAGAUGCUCCAGAAAGUUCUAGAAAAACCUUUGGAGAAGAAAGCUGGUCGGAACUACGGUCCUCCUGGAAACAAGACGCUCAUAUAUUUCAUAGACGAUAUGAACAUGCCAGAAGUAGAUACUUAUGGCACAGUCCAACCUCAUACAAUCAUACGUCAGCAUUUAGACUACAAUCAUUGGUAUGAUAGAACUAAAUUGACCCUUAAAGACAUUCACAAUACCCAGUACGUGUCUUGUAUGAACCCUACCUCUGGGAGUUUUACUAUCAAUCCAAGGUUGCAACGGCAUUUUUGCGUGUUUGCCAUCAGCUUUCCUAAUGGAGAGGCGUUGAAUAAUAUCUAUCACUCGAUUUUGAGCCAACAUUUGACUAACCCAGAGUUGAAGAUCAAUCCUCAGGUGGCUAAAUUAUCAGCUAACGUGGUAAGGGGGACGGUUGGGCUCCACAACAAAGUGUCUCAAGUAUUUUUACCUACUGCAAUUAAGUUUCACUACAUUUUUAACUUGAGGGAUCUAUCUAAUGUUUUCCAAGGACUUUUAUUUAGUACAAACGAAUGUUUAGUGAAUCCAUCAGAUAUAAUACGCUUAUGGAUGCAUGAAACUCAUCGCGUGUAUGGAGAUAAACUUACAGAAGAAAAAGAUAUCGAUGCAUUUUUGAAAAUGCAAAUCGAUAUGUGUAAGAAGAAUUUCGAGGACAUCGACGAAGGCGUAGUCUUCGAACGUCCAAACAUCUAUUGUCAUUUCGCGGGGGGCAUCGGGGAGCCUAAGUACAUGCCCAUAGCCUCGUGGCAACAACUGAACAAACUUCUGACCGAAGCGAUGGCCAGCUACAAUGAUCUCAUCGCGGCCAUGAACUUGGUGUUGUUUGAAGAUGCUAUGAUGCAUAUUUGCAGAAUAAGCCGAAUUCUGGAAAGCCCUAGAGGUAGUGCAUUAUUAGUCGGUGUCGGAGGAUCAGGGAAGCAAUCAUUAUCACGCCUUGCGGCUUUCAUAGCCAGUUUGGAAGUUCUCCAAAUUCAACUUAAGAAAGGAUAUGGAGUGUCUGAUUUGAAGCAUGAAUUAUCAGGGCUGUAUAUAAAAACUGGUCUGAAGAAUGUUGGUAUAAUGUUCUUAAUGACCGACGCUCAGGUUGCAAACGAACAAUUUUUAGUACUGAUCAAUGAUUUGCUCGCAUCUGGAGAAAUUGCUGACUUAUUCCCUGAUGAUGAGAUAGAAAAUAUAAUUGCUGGAGUUAGGAAUGAGGUUAAAGGCGCAGGUCUACCCGACACAAGAGAGAUAUGUUGGAAAUUUUUUAUCGAUCGAGUUCGAAAGCAGUUGAAAGUGGUUUUGUGUUUCUCACCCGUUGGUUCUACUCUACGUGUGAGGUCUAGAAAGUUCCCCGCACUGAUUAACUGCACUUCGAUCAAUUGGUUCCAUGAGUGGCCGCAGGAGGCGCUGGUGUCGGUCUCCAUGAGAUUCCUGGAGGAGCUGCACGUUUUACCUAUAACACUAAAAGAUUCUAUAUCAAGAUUCAUGGCUUAUGUCCACACUUCAGUAAACACAAUAUCGAAAGCGUAUUUGGCGAAUGAGAGAAGAUACAACUAUACGACGCCAAAGAGUUAUUUAGAACAGAUUAGUUUGUACGCGAAAUUGGUAAAUCAGAAAACAGAUGAACUCAGAGCUAAGAUAACAAGGUUAGAGAAUGGGUUGGAAAAGCUUCGCAGUACAGCAUCACAAGUCGACGAACUCAAAGCAAAACUCGCUAUACAAGAAAUAGAACUGCAGCAAAAGAACGAAGCCGCGGACAAACUUAUCGAAAUGGUUGGAGUUGAAACUGCCAAAGUACAAAGCGAAAAAGCUCUAGCUGAUGAGGAAGAAGAGAAAGUAGCUGUUAUAGCAGAAGAGGUAUCAAAGAAACAGAAAGACUGCGAGGAAGAUCUUAUUAAAGCAGAACCCGCUCUCGUAGCAGCUCAAGAAGCUUUAAACACUUUGAACAAGGCAAAUCUCACUGAAUUGAAGUCUUUCGGCUCUCCUCCUGGAGCCGUGACGAAUGUCACAGCUGCUGUGAUGGUGCUGCUGGCUCCAGGUGGUAAGAUACCUAAGGACAGGAGCUGGAAAUCUGCUAAGGUAAUGAUGGCAAAAGUGGACGUAUUUUUGGAAUUACUCAUUCAUUACGAUAAAGAAAAUAUCCAUCCCGAUGUCAUCAAAGCCAUACAGCCCUAUCUCAAAGACUCGGAGUUUGAACCUGAGUUUGUCCGUUCAAAGUCUGCAGCCGCAGCCGGUCUUUGCGCGUGGGUCAUCAACAUCAUCAAAUUUUACGAAGUCUUCUGUGAUGUCGAACCGAAGAGGAAAGCUUUGGCGGCUGCUAAUGCAGAAUUAGCUGCUGCUACUGAGAAACUUAAAUCCAUAAAGUCUAAAGUUGCGUCUUUAGAAGAGCAACUUGCGACGCUAACUUCAGAAUUUGAAAAGGCCACGUCAGAGAAACUGAAGUGUCAACAGGAAGCUGAUGCUACGAACAGGACCAUACAACUCGCCAACAGACUUGUCAAUGGCCUUGCUAGUGAGAAUGUUAGAUGGGCUGAGGCUGUUUCCAGCUUGAUGCAGCAAAGUACAACGUUGCCAGGGGAUGUUCUUUUAGUUUGCGCUUUCAUAUCUUACGUCGGAUGUUUUACAAAGCAAUACAGACAAGAUCUGUUACACAAGAAUUGGCUUGUGUUCAUGAAAACUUUGGAACCUCCAGUUCCAAUAACUGAAGGAUUAGAUCCACUGACGAUGUUAACAGACGACACUGCGAUAGCAAUGUGGCAAAACGAAGGACUUCCAUCAGAUAGAAUGAGUACGGAGAAUGCUACUAUACUAUCCAAUUCAGAUCGUUGGCCACUUAUGAUCGAUCCUCAGUUGCAAGGUGUAAAGUGGAUUAAACAAAAGUAUGGAGAAUUGCUUCGGGUGAUAAGAUUGGGACAGAAAGGGUAUUUGGACACUAUAGAGAAAGCAAUUAUAAAGGGAGAGACUGUGUUGUUGGAGAAUAUCGGUGAAACAGUGGAUCCAGUGCUUGAUCCGUUAUUAGGAAGAAACUUGAUAAAGAAGGGAAGAGCAAUCAAAAUAGGCGACAAAGAAAUAGAAUACAGUCCGAACUUCAGACUUAUUCUACACACGAAGUUAGCGAAUCCACAUUACAAGCCAGAGAUGCAAGCACAAACUACAUUGGUUAAUUUUACUGUAACGAGAGAUGGACUUGAAGACCAACUUCUAGCCGAAGUAGUUAAAGCUGAAAGACCUGAUUUAGAGGAACUGAAAGCUGAGUUGACCAAACAACAGAAUCAGUUCAAAAUUCAACUAAAAGGACUUGAAGAUGAUCUGCUCUCUCGUUUAUCGUCCGCUGGUGAGAAUAUAUUGGGUGAUACGGCAUUAGUCGAAAAUUUAGAGACGACAAAGAAAACUGCCGCUGAUAUCGAGAAAAAGGUUGCUGAAGCUAAGGUGACGUCACAUGAAAUUGAUCAAGCCCGCGAGUUCUACCGCCCGGCCUCUGCCAGAGCUUCUCUCUUGUACUUCAUAUUGAAUGAUUUGAACACCAUAAAUCCGAUCUAUCAGUUUUCCUUAAAGGCCUUCAGCGUGGUGUUCCAAAAGGCUAUAUCCCGAGCAGAGCCCGCCGAGGAAGUUAGUUUGAGGAUCAAGAACCUGAUCGACUGCAUCACGUACUCCGUAUUCCAGUACACCUCCAGGGGACUGUUCGAGUGCGAUAAACUUAUAUUCGCGUCGCAGAUGACUUUCCAGGUUCUCCUCAUGAGUGAAGAGAUAUCACCAGCAGAACUGGACUUCUUCCUUCGGUUCCCCAUCAAGCCACACGUCACGAGUCCAGUAGACUUCCUAUCCAAUCAAAGUUGGGGUGGUAUCUGUUCCUUGGCUGGUAAAGAUGAAUUUAGGAACCUCGAUAGAGAUAUAGAAACAUCACCCAAACGAUGGAAAAAGAUUGUUGAAAUGGAAUGUCCAGAAAAAGAAAAGUUUCCACAGGAAUGGAAAAACAAAACGGCAUUGCAACGAUUAUGUAUGCUGAGAGCGUUGCGGCCUGAUCGCAUGACCUAUGCAGUGGCAGGGUACAUAGAAGAGAAAAUGGGAACCAAAUACGUAGAGAACCGUACAGUAGAAUUCAGUAAAUCAUUCGAAGAGACGAGUCCUACCACUCCCAUAUUCUUCAUACUGUCUCCUGGUGUGAACCCUUUGAAAGAUGUAGAGGCUUUGGGCAAGGUGAUGGACUUCACUGCAGACAGGGGGAACUUCCACAAUGUGUCGUUAGGUCAGGGUCAAGAGGUUGUGGCUGAGCAGGCGAUUGAUGAGGCACUGCAGAAAGGACAUUGGGUGGUUUUGCAGAACAUCCACUUGGUGAAGACGUGGCUGCCGAGCCUGGAGAAGAAGAUGGAGACGUUCUCGGCGGGGUGCGCGGCGUCGUUCCGCCUGUUCAUGUCGGCCGAGCCCGCCGCCACGCCCGCCGCGCACAUCAUCCCGCAGGGCAUCCUCGAGUCCAGCAUCAAGAUCACCAACGAGCCGCCCACGGGCAUGCAGGCCAACAUACACAAGGCUCUAGAUAAUUUUAAUCAAGAAACGCUAGAGAUGUGUGGCAAAGAAGCAGAGUUCAAAGCUAUACUCUUCUCGCUGUGCUACUUCCACGCUGUGGUCGCUGAGAGAAGGAAGUUUGGGCCGCAGGGCUGGAAUAAGAUAUACCCUUUUAAUGUUGGUGACCUCACGAUAAGUGUUUUUGUGUUGUACAACUAUUUGGAAGCAAAUUCGAGGGUGCCGUGGGAAGACCUUAGGUACUUGUUCGGUGAGAUCAUGUACGGAGGUCACAUUACUGAUGAUUGGGACCGGAGGUUGUGCAAUGCUUAUCUUGAGGAGUUGAUGCAGCCGGAUCUUGUCGAUGGUGAACUACAACUGGCUCCUGGUUUCCCAACUCCUCCCAACACAGACUAUAGCGGCUACCAUCAGUACAUAGAGGAAGCGAUGCCUCCAGAAUCACCGUAUCUUUAUGGUCUUCAUCCUAAUGCUGAAAUAGGUUUCCUAACAACAACUUCGGAGAAUUUGUUCAGGACUAUAUUUGAAAUGCAACCGAGAGACGCUCAGGCUUCUGGUGCUACUACUGUUACUAGAGAAGAUAAGGUAAAACAAAUGCUAGACGAAAUAAUGGAGAAGCUUCCUGAAGAAUUCAAUAUGGUGGAAAUAAUGGGUAAGGUGGAAGAACGAACGCCCUACGUGAUAGUAGCGUUCCAGGAGUGCGAGAGGAUGAACUACCUCACUGGAGAAAUGAAACGAUCGCUCAAAGAGUUAGAUUUGGGGCUGAAGGGUGAACUGACAAUUACUUCUGACAUGGAAGAACUAGAGAAUGCAUUAUUCUUGGAUCAAGUUCCAGCAAUUUGGGCGAAUAGGGCUUAUCCAUCACUUCUCGGCUUGGCUGCUUGGUUCGUAGAUUUACUUCUCCGACUCAGAGAACUUGAGACUUGGGCUACUGACUUUGUUUUGCCGGCAUCGGUAUGGUUAGCUGGUUUCUUCAACCCUCAAAGCUUGUUGACGGCUAUCAUGCAGAGUACUGCGCGGAGAUACGAACUGCCACUCGACAAGAUGUGCCUCCAAUGUGACGUCACUAAGAAGAUGAAGGAAGACUUUACGUCCGCGCCUCGAGAUGGCGCUUAUGUACAUGGGCUAUUGAUGGAGGGCGCCAGGUGGGACGUCCAGGCGGGGAUUAUAAUGGAUUCCAGGCUCAAAGAUCUGUUCCCGCCGAUGCCUGUGAUCAAUGUUAGGGCCAUCACACAGGAUAAGCAAGAUCUGCGCAACAUGUACGAGUGUCCUGUAUACAAGACCAGGACCAGAGGCCCGACGUAUGUCUGGACUUUUAACUUGAAGACCAAGGACAAGCCUGCUAAGUGGAUUUUAGCAGGAGUCGCGUUGUUGUUACAGAUUUAAAUAAUAACAUUUCGACGUUUGAAGGGCAAAAAUAUC